CAAGACCACUACCUUCGUCGCCAACGACUCCCCCCGGUGCCCACCUGCUCGACUAGACCGACGCUCUGUUAUAUACGCGAGAUGCCUGCCAAUGAACCAUCAACAUGCGGCUCCGUCUGCUCGCUCUGCCUGAGAUCGUUCUGUGGGAUCUGCGGUUUCGACGGUACUGGCGAUACGGCACAACCCACACAAAAACAACCCUCGAAUACACCAGGGAAUGUGAAGCCUACGGCGCAACAGCCUACAGCGUCGAGCAAGAUGACUGCGUCAGCGAACACGGACAGUGGAUUUGGAAGCGGGUCGAGAAGCUGAGUGGUGGUGGUGGUGGUGGUGGUGAUGGUUUUCUUCAUUCCUUCGGUUCGGGAUUUGUGUUUGGUGUUGUAUGAAUCUGUAGAUGGGCAUACGGUGGUCGAGGAUCGGGUUUCGCUCGAGUUGGGCGACAAGUCCGCGGAUUUGGAUGGAAAGGGGACCGUUGCUGCAUCUCCUUCGGACUGUACGAUGAGUUGCUCGGUCAUUUAUUUGUUUUCGCUGGUUGUUCGUCUAUUUUGUAUGGGUCCUUCGACAUCUCGGUUUUGCUGCUGUGAAGAACUGCCACCUCGACGGUUGGCGCGGAGGAAUGGCGUCGUUAACGCCACCAC